GACUCUGUCUUUAGCCGGGUGCCUCGCUUCCUCCCAGCACCAUGCUUUACAACUGCUGCCUGCCCAAUCUGAGCUGUCGCUCCAGCUGCCCCUCCCGGCCCUGCGUGGCCACCAGCUGCCAAAACAUCCCCCUGCCCGGGGCCUGCAACAUCCCUGCCAACGUGGGCAACUGUGGUUGGUUCUGCGAGGGCUCCUUCAAUGGCAGCGAGAAGGAGACCAUGCAGUUCCUGAACGACCGCCUGGCCAGCUACCUGGAGAAGGUGCGCCAGCUGGAGCGGGAGAAUGCGGAGCUGGAGAGCCGCAUCCAGGAGCGGUGCCAGCAGCAGGAGCCCCUGAUGUGCUCCAGCUACCAGUCCUACUUCCGGACCAUCGAGGAGCUCCAGCAGAAGAUCCUGUGUAGCAAGUCUGAGAAUUCCAGGCUGGUGGUACAGAUUGACAACGCCAAGGUGGCCGCGGAUGACUUCAGGACCAAGUACGAGACGGAGCUGGGCUUGCGGCAGCUGGUGGAGUCGGACAUAAACAGCCUGCGCAGGAUCCUGGACGAGCUGACGCUGUGCAAGUCCGACCUGGAGGCCCAGGUGGAGUCCCUGAAGGAGGAGCUGCUCUGCCUCAAGCAGAACCACGAGCAGGAAGUCAACACCCUGCGCUGCCAGAUUGGAGACCGCCUCAACGUGGAGGUGGACGCUGCCCCCACCGUGGACCUGAACCGCGUGCUCAAUGAGACCAGGUGUCAGUACGAGGCCCUGGUGGAGACCAACCGCAGGGACGUGGAGGAAUGGUACACCACCCAGACCCAGGGGCUGAACAAGCAGGUGGUAUCCAGUUCGGAGCAGCUGCAGACCUGCCAGGCAGAGAUCAUCGAGCUGAGACGCACGGUCAACGCCCUGGAGAUCGAGCUGCAGGCCCAGCACAACCUGAGGGACUCUCUGGAGAACACGCUGACGGAGACGGAGGCCCGCUACAGCUCCCAGCUGUCCCAGGUGCAGUGCAUGAUCACCAACGUGGAGUCCCAGCUGGCUGAGAUCAGGAGUGACCUUGAGCGGCAGAACCAGGAGUACCAGGUGCUGCUGGACGUCCGGGCCCGGCUGGAGUGUGAGAUCAACACGUACCGGGGCCUGCUGGAGAGUGAGGACUGCAAGCUCCCCUGCAACCCAUGUGCCACAACCAAUGCAUGUGACAAGCCCAUUGGGCCCUGCGUCUCCAAUCCUUGUGCCCCACGUACCCGGUGUGGGCCUUGCAACACCUUUGUGUGCUAGAAGCCCCGGUGCUGGGAGCAGGAGGAGAGCUCCAAAGUCACAUUUUAACUCUACUUCAUGCAGACAUCUUUAACAGUGACCACUCUGGACAAAGGAAGAAACCUUUACCAGCACCAGCUACCAGAAAUCACCUCUAGCCUUCCGCCGAAUUCCCUGGCUUGGACCUUUAGCACAAGAGAUGGUAACAUCUGUUUACCGGCUCAGUCUGUCUUCUGAGUCACAGAGAGAAAUCUACAGCAGGAUAUAAUAAGAUCCAUUACCACAAAGACACAUUUGCAUAAUACGUUAUACUUUAACAAGUACUUAUUUAGAUGUGAUUUAAAAAUAAUUACAUCAAAUGUGAUUCACUGAUGGGCAUAUGCUAUGAAGCUAAAGGUAACUGGAUGAAAUCUUCCUUGUCACUCUUCUGGUCUUUCUAGAUGCAAUAAGAGAUCCCUUGUUAACCUCCUAAUAAACUCUGAU